GAGGCUCGUUGCCUUACACCCUGAACCGCGACACUUCCUUCACCUUUAGGACUUGGGUUAAUGUUCAUUAAGAGGACUUGGUCCACUGACAACUCAACCUUCAAGAAUAGAACUAUGGAUUAACAGUUGGAAACAGAGUGACGUAACACAGAGAAUAGAAAAAAAGGAGAAAGACUUCGCCUUCACAAGAUAGAUACUGUAAGAGCUUGUAGCAACAGCCGCAGACGCCAGCAGUGCCUGCCUCACCCUCACCUUACAGUAUGUCGCACCUCAUCCGUCUGCUGGCUCUCCUCGGCCUUCUCGCUGUGUCGUGGGCGAGGUACGAUCCCACCUGGGACUCUCUGGACACCCGGCCUCUGCCCUCCUGGUACGAUGGUGCCAAGAUCGGCAUCUUCCUCCACUGGGGCGUCUUCUCUGUCCCCUCCUUUGGCUCUGAGUGGUUCUGGAUGUACUGGCAAGGCGCUCAUUCAUCUAGUCACGUUGCGUUCAUGGACAAGAACUACCGGCCCGGCUUCACCUACCAGGACUUCGCUCCUCAGUUCACGGCGGAGUUCUACGACCCCGAGGAAUGGGCGAGUAUUUUCAACGCCUCUGGGGCUCGCUACGUGGUCCUCACCAGCAAGCACCACGAAGGUUUCACCAACUGGCCCUCAAAAUACUCCUGGAACUGGAACUCCAUGGACGUCGGGCCAAAGAAAGACCUCGUGGUUCCGCCCAUCGAAGACGUCCGGGAUGGCCGUCACCUUCCCGCCCAUGUCCGAGGUGUCCAGUCAGUGGGUGUGGGUCCUUGCUAUGUCAAGCGUCGACCCGGCUGAGCAGUCGAGAGUCGACAGUGCCUAGAACUGGGCUCGACUCGUUAUUGUAGGGGAUUCAACUUAUCCUAGAAGGGUGUCGAAACGCUCUGAUAAUAUAGGAUUGGUUCUUUCUGGUAGAGUAAGACAAAGCUGGAUUUUAUUGAUAUGUUCAGUCGAGAAUCUUUUUACUCUGGUCUUUUAAUGCAUGAAAUUAACAUCAGUCCUCCUUGUGUUGGAAUAGCUCGCUUUUUUUUAAUCAUUGUUGGAGGAUGUGCUGUAAAUGGGUACCUAAGUUUACAACUUGGGGAAGUGAAUAUCGGCCACGCUGCCUCCUUGUGUACUGAAGGCUUACAGUAGUAUAUAGUGUGCUAUAUCCACUCUGCUCCUUACGAGCAGUCAUGCCUAUGGGACCCACUUUCACUUUUCACAGGGUGUGCACAAGACCCUUAAUGUUUGCGUUUACAGAAUCCCUUGAAGAAGUUACACGCACCUAAAAUUUCAUUAUGGAUCCUACCAUUGUCUGCAGAUAACUAUUCUUCAUCAUGUUCGCUGUGACAGAAACGUCAAAGCACUUAUGAAAAUCCUGUACUGUACAAUGUACAUGAUGUUGUUAUAUGAUUUGGCCCCAAAAAGUAAGAUUCUGCAAACUAAUACUUGUAGUGUCUUCCACAAAGGUUUUCCAAAUAUAAUAUAAAUAAAAUUCUUAACCUAA